AUGGAGGCGGACAGAUCCGGCGGAGGACCAAACCCGAACUCCGGAGGCGGCGGCAGCAGCAGCGGCGGCAGCGGAGCGGGGCGCAACCCAAACGGGCCCAAAGCAGCACCGGGCCAGGCGACAUCAGCUGCGGCGACCGGGGCGAUGGCAGCAGCAGCGGCGGCGGCGGCGGCGGCCGGGGCCAUGCCCGGAUCGUCGCAGGCUCGGGAGCUGCAGGACGGGGACGCGGGUAUGACGCUUCCUGGGAUCCUGCACUUCAUCCAGUACGAGUGGGGACGCUUCCAGGCCGAGAAAUACCGCUGGGAGGCUGAGAGAGACGAACUCAGGGCACAGGUGGCGUUCCUCCAGGGCGAGAGGAAAGGGCAGGAGAAUAUGAAACAGGACCUGGUGAGGCGGAUCAAAAUGCUCGAGUACGCCCUCAAACAAGAGAGGGCAAAGCACCAGAAGCUGAAGACAGGAAAUGACCAGAGUCCAGGAGACAAGAAACCAGAGACAGAGGCAGACCAACUUCCCAAUGGGCCGGCUGAGUCAGACUCUGAGCCAGCCAAUCAGAUGUCCUGGAAGGAGGGACGUCAGCUACUACGCAAAUAUCUGGAGGAAGUGGGUUAUUCAGACACCAUCCUGGACAUGCGGUCUAAGCGCGUGCGCUCCCUGCUGGGGCGGAGCAGCCCCGAAGCUAACGGGCCUCCGCCCAGUGAAACCUGUGCUGAGCCAGAGCCGCGGGCAGGUGGAGAGUCGUUGUUGGUCAGACAGAUCGAGGAACAAAUCAAGAGGAACGCGGGGAAGGAAAGCUCUAAGGAACGUCUGGGAGGCUCAGUGCUCGAUAAAAUCCCUUUCCUGCACGGCUGUGAGGACGACGAUGAAGACGACAGCGACGAGGAAGACGACUUCCAGGGCAUGGCCACCGACUGCAUCGAUGGACCGCGCAAGAACAAGAAGUCUCGUGUAAAGAUGGGUUCGGAGCCCAUGACCACAGACCUCGAUCCGGAGGACGAGGAGGACGAAGAUGACUCGGAAGACGCCCUCAGUGAAUUUGACUUCCUGGGCUCGGGGGAGGAUGGGGAGGGGGCGGGAGAGGCCCGGAUCUCGGGGGACGGACGGGAGUUAGAGAACCGCAGGAACAAGUUACAAGGCAUGAUGUCGGACUUCCCCCCUAAACCCACCCCACCCCCCUCUGUAUCGGGACAGGCUCGCUCCGGGGAAGGCGGCGCCCUGGGUUUUUCCUCUGAUGUCUUCAUCAUGGACGCCGUCGGGGGAGGGGACAUAAACCUUGGCGAACUGGCCGAUCUCACUGUCGCCAAUGACAACGAUCUCUCUAUGGAUAUGCAGGACAACAGAGAGGAAUUCAAGAAGACAUGGAACCCUCGCUUCACACUACGCAGCCACUUUGAUGCCAUCCGCGCUCUGACCUUUCACCCCAGCCAAGCCGUGCUGCUCACAGCCUCUGAGGAUGGAACACUAAAGCUGUGGAACCUCAACAAGGCCAUGCACUCUAAAAAGAACGCAGCGUUGGACGUCGAGCCCAUCUACACAUUUAGAGCACACAGCGGAGCUGUUCUGUCUCUGACCAUGGGCGAGGAUGGAGACUCCUGCUACAGCGGAGGUCUAGACGGAACUGUGAGGUGUUGGAAGAUGCUCGACCUCAACGUGGAUCCUUAUGAUAACUACGAUCCUGGCAUUGAGAGCAGCGUGCUCGCAGGCCACGAGGACAGCGUGUGGGGUUUGACUUACUCGGCAGUCCACCAUCGUCUCGCCUCCUGCUCGGCCGACGGCACCAUUCGCAUCUGGGACCCGCAGAACUCCGCUCCGUGCCUGUCUGUUUUCAACAAGGAGAGAGAGCACGGCACGCCCACCUCGGUGGCUUUUGUGGCCACUGACCCCAACCAGGUGGUGGUGUCAUUUGAUGGUGGUGAGACGCUGCUCUACGACCUGAACACAGAGCAGAGCACCACUGCGCUAGAGACGCAGACCAAGGAUGGCAGUGAGCUGAUCAACCGUGUGGUCAGUCACCCAUCUGAGCCUGUCUCCAUCACUGCACACGAGAACCGCACUAUCCGCUUCCUAGACAACAAGACAGGUAAAGUUGUCCACUCCAUGGUGGCUCACCUGGAUGCGGUCACCUGUCUCACCACAGACCCUAAAGGCACUUACCUCAUCUCUGGCAGCCACGACUGCUCGGUGCGCCUGUGGAUGCUGGACAACAGGACGUGCGUGCAGGAGAUCACGGCUCACAGGAAGAAGCACGACGAGGCCAUUCAUGACGUGGCCUUCCACCCCUCACAGCCCUUCAUUGCCAGCGCCGGCGCAGAUGCACUUGCCAAGAUCUUUGUCUGACAUCGCUGUCGUCGUUCUGAGUCCUAAAAAACAACUGGGACAAAAGUGACUGAAGACAACAGUGGACAAAUUUCACCUGCUUACACACAGUUACACAGACACACACAGACACACACAGACACACACAACUGUCCUGCACCCCACUGGCUGGGUCAUUGCCACAGGACAUCACCUCCCCCUCACUGUUCUCUGAUGCCUCAGUGACUUCUUGUAAUACUAAUCACUCCGCUUUUUUAUAUCUUUAAACUCCCGGCUGCUCCGUUUCAAAUAAUCAUGUUUGGAGUAACACUUUUUUACACUACAAUAUUCUGUUCAGCUUUCCUUUUUUCCCCCAGCCUAUUACAAAGCACUGUGUGUGUGUGUGUGUGUGUGUGUGUGUGUGUGUGUUUGUGUGCUUGAUUUUUUGCUGACACACUAACUCACAUUUCACCAAGGAAACACUCGCACGGCACAGCGCCCACAAAUGCACCACGUUUCAUCCUACAGAUUUUUUUUUUUUUAAGUAGUUGACAGAUUGUUUGUGGCUAACAUACAUAAUGUAGGCAUGACAAAAAAACAAGAAAGAGGACGGUAAACCUUUCCCAGAAACCUCUUCGUUGGGAAUCAAUGUAUUACAUUCCAAAGACUCCAGUAGAGUGUGUGUGUGUGUGUGUGUGUGUGUGUGUGUGUGUGUGCGUGUGCGCGUGCACGCACGCGCGUGUGUGUGUGUUGCGGAGUUGGAGAAUGUCAAAUGUAGACGUGUGUGUGUGUGUGGCAUGAGGAGGCACUAGACAGUCACUAACCAGUGUUGGAACAAAUAGCUUUAAUUUUACGGCCAAGUCUCAUCGUUUGUCUGAGUAUUAAAGCGUCCCCAUGAUUCUGCCUCUGUGUGUGUGUGUGUGUGUGUGAGAUUAACUGUCACUCUGCUGUACAAGAUAAACGAACACGUUUCCACAAUCACGAUGCAUUUCUUCAGAUGUACAGAUUGAACUCGGCUCCACAGACUGACGCUAGAGGACAAGAGAUCAAUCAAAGGCUGUAGACGACAGGAGUGUGAGGCGGGUCUCGACAAAUGGCCGAUCGUGUCAUCUGGUGCUUUUUACUGUACGGACGAGUGUGUGCAUAUGUGUGUUUGUGUGCGCACUAGUUAAAUCACGGUGCUAUGAAAGACCUUGUCAGUCUUGAGUCAGAAUCAGGGACCUGUUUUGUGUGUGUGUGUGUGUGUUUGUGUGCGUUUGAGGAUGAGAGACUGUGUUUCUCACUCAUCGGGCUACAGAUCUACGUCGAGUCAGUCGACUUUUUAAAUGACAUUUCUUCGUCGAAAUCAUUUCAUUAACCGUGGUCACAUUUCAGAAAGUUAACGAACGCUGUUCUCUGAAACUGGCUCGAGGUGAGGACCACCUGGACUGAAAAAAAAGUUUCCUCAGACGAGAGCUGCUUGGAUUUUUCAUUUUAAUCUUGAAGUCAGUGGAUGGCACUCUGUUUCUGGCUCAUUAUUUAUUCAGGCUUUCCAAAAAAAGAGCUUGACAAUUAAGGUUCCUUUUUCUUGUUUGACGUGCAUCAGUUGCACAGUAGCACAUUACCCCCAGAGAGCUGAUGUCUGGGAGGAAAAGCUCUAGGAUGGGAAAAAAGAAAAGACAUGGAAGUCAAUUUAAAAAUCUGCCUUUUUUUUUUUUUUUUUUGUCAUUUUCAAGAAGAGGAAGUACUGAUUUAAAGAUGUGUGGGUGUCAGUUGAUAUUACUCACCACCUUAUCUGAUCCUAUUUGGCUAUUUCUAACAGGCUUAAGUCAUUCCUUUAAGAAGACCUCGCAUAUGUCUGGGUUCUGCAUUUGUACACGUAACUGCAGGACGCACAUUUCAUUCAAAGUUGCCCCUUAAUAGCCAACAUGACUUCCAAAUUACUUGACUGUUAAUUACCUUGAGAAAAGUCUGAUGAAAAUGUGGUGUUAAACCAGCCAGUUAAGGAGCACCACUCUCCAUCCUCUUCAAGAUUACAGGGUCACACUAGGGGUCAGAGGUCAAAGUAGCCUAGAGGUAAACACUCCUUGCAUAAUCACUAGGGACACUAGUAGUCAUAGUUUGAGGGGUUUUCCCUCCUGAAACAGGGUGGUGGACUGUUGUCUGAAUUUAGACAAAGAGAACAAGAGGGUGCAACUGCAUUAUUGCACUGCUGCUGGGCACAGCAUCCUGUUAUAUAACUACUAUUUGGCUUCACUUUGCACUACAUCUAAUAGUGGAUGCUUGUGGCGAGGAGUGGUAGCAGACAGGGUGCAGAAAUAAUGCUUUUGCAGAUAUUUUGUUAUACAAUCUGGAGUAAAUACUACAACCCUGCCGUGGCUCAGUUAUUUCACUCUGAGCAACCGCAGUACGCCCCCAUCACCGAGUAUAUAAAGACAAAUCAGUAUGACACAUCAGAAAAAGAAAAAAGAAAUCGAAACAGAGGUUGUAAAUGAUGACUUGAGAUGCCAUUACGUGCUGUAAAUGUCCAUCAUUUCCUUGUUUUCUUUCUUGCAUUUUUUUUCUUUUGAUUAUGAAUAUGAUUAUUAAGAUGUAAGAAUACUGUAGUAUCAUAAGUGAAUCAUUCUUCCUUGCUAGGCAUAGAACUUGCUUGUGAUUGAUAAUGGCGAUGUAUAGCUUGUAAAAAAGCAAAACGAUUAAAAAACAUGAAAAAUGACGAAAAUAAGUUAAAAAAAAAAGGAAAAAAAUCAGUUACCAGUCAGAGGCCAAGGUAAAGGACUCAUUUCUUUGUGUUUUUAUUUUUUUAUUAGCAAUUUAUCACUGUGUGAUAUUUUGUACAUCAUAUUAAGCUGUAUUCAAACUAUUUCCUCUAACUACAAGGGAUAAGAGACCUGCUUUUUAUUAAUUUUGUUUUAUUAUAUAUUUUUGAACUGCAUUCUAGCUUGUAUCAGAUGACUUUCUCUUUUUGUUUACGGGUCCCCUGUUGUAUGUCAUUAAGGAAGAAAAAAAACAAAAAAUGAAGAUUUUGUACAGUGAA